GCGUUUACGCCCGUUCGUUUCAAAUUCACCUAUCUAACAAAUUAUGUUCCCACUUUCCGAUUUCACCACCUUGCAGAACUACUCACCAAGUACCUGGCGCCCCACGACAACGAACUGCAGCAGGAGCUGCUGGUCCGCCUGAACGACUACUGCGACAAGAAGGUCACCAACUACACCCUGGACGAAUACGAACCGCCGUACGUGUGGAACUUCUAUCACUCGUUCUAUUUCGCCUUCAUCGUUUGCUCCACCAUCGGCUAUGGCAACAUUUCGCCCAACAACACGUUCGGACGAAUUUUCAUGAUCUUCUAUGCGUUGAUCGGCCUCCCGGUGAAUGGUUUCUUCUUCGCCUACUUGGGUGAUCUGUAUGGAAAAACUUACAUUCGACUGUACCGAAAGUACAAACAGUUCAAGCUGUCCUCCAACCGGCAGUACGUCCCGCACAAGGUCAACUUUAUUGGGCAGAUUGUCCUCUAUCUGAUUCCGGGUAUCGUGAUCUUCAUCUUCGUGCCGGCGGCCAUUUUCAGCUACUUUGAAAAGUGGCCCUACGAUGUGUCGGUGUACUACUCGUUCGUCACGUUGACUACGAUCGGAUUCGGGGAUUACGCCAGCACGUUCCAAGCCUCGCAGGAACACGAGUUCGGGACGGCUUACAUCUACUAUCAGGUUUUCGUGAUCCUGUGGUUCUUCGCCGGGGUGGGCUAUGUGUUCAUGAUAUUGGGUUUCAUUGCGAAAGGAAUGGCACACAAGAAGGUCCAACAGUUGGAGAAGAUGUUGGCCGUCAACGUGCGGGCAGCUCAAAAUCGGGUUUGGAAUGGCGUAACCAAGGAUAUCAGCUACCUGAGGAAGAUUCUGAACGAGGUCUACAUGAUGAAGUUCAAG